GUACUCAUCAGGCAGCAUAUAUACAUACAUACUACAUCACGCUGCAGUGCAGCCUCAACUGUGCAUUGUUUCACCGCGUGCCAGCCAUGGCCGACUUUAUAACCUUCCCUUUUGUGUUUUUUAUAUUUAAUUAAUUAAUUGCAAUAUACUACAUACUCACGCGGCCGGCCCCUAUAUACUUAGCCUCCACCAAAUUGAGUUUAGCCAAGGAAACUCUUCUGUAAUCCAUCCACCCAUCCAACUCAAUCAAUUGGGAUUGGGAGGAGGAAGAACAAUCUUUUUCUCUUUUCUUUUUCUAUUCUAUUCUAUUCUAUUCUAUUCUAAAAGGAGGAGGAGGAGGAGGAGGAGGAAGAAGAUGAAGGGGGUGAGCAUGGUGACCAUGGCGCGUGCGGCGUGGGCGGUGGUGCGGUACGCGGUGGUGGUGCCCCUGCUUCAGCUGUCCAUCUACCUCUGCGCCGCCAUGUCCCUCAUGCUCUUCGCCGAGCGCCUCUACAUGGGGAUCAUCGUCGCCGUGCUCUGGCUCAACAACCGACGCCGUCAACGCCAUUGCAGCCGCAACCAGAAGAACAAGGACGACGACGACAUCGACGACCUGGAGACCGGCGGCGCAGACCGGCCCAUGGUUCUCAUCCAGAUCCCCAUGUUCAACGAGAAGCAGGUGUACCGUCUUUCGAUCGGCGCGGCGUGCGGUCUGUGGUGGCCGUCGGACAAGCUUGUGAUCCAGGUGCUGGACGACUCGACGGACGCCGGCAUCCGGUCGCUGGUGGAGGCGGAGUGCCGGCGGUGGGCUGGCAAGGGCGUGCACAUCCGUUACGAGAACCGCAGCAACCGGAGCGGCUACAAGGCCGGUGCCAUGCGUGAAGGCCUCAAGAAGACCUACGCCAAGGACUGCGAGUACGUGGCCGUCUUCGACGCCGACUUCCAGCCCGACGCCGACUUCCUCCGCCGCACCGUGCCGCUCCUCCAGGCCGACCCGUCCGUGGCGCUGGUGCAGGCGCGGUGGCGGUUCGUCAACGCGGACGAGUGCAUCCUCACCCGCAUCCAGGAGAUGUCCCUCGACUACCACUUCUCCGUGGAGCAGGAGGUCGGCUCCGCCUGCCACGGCUUCUUCGGCUUCAACGGCACCGCUGGGGUGUGGCGGGUGCACGCCCUGGCCGACGCCGGGGGGUGGAAGGACCGCACCACCGUCGAGGACAUGGACCUGGCCGUCCGGGCGUCCAUGCGGGGGUGGAAGUUCGUCUACGCCGGCGACGUGCAGGUGCGCAACGAGCUGCCCAGCAGCUUCAAGGCAUACCGGUACCAGCAGCACCGCUGGUCGUGCGGGCCGGCCAACCUGAUGCGCAAGAUGUUCUGGGAGAUUGUCGCCAGCCGGCAGGUGUCGGCGUGGAAGAAGCUCCACGUGCUCUACGGCUUCUUCUUCGUCAGGAAGGUGGUGGCGCACCUCGUGACAUUCCUCUUCUACUGCGUCGUCAUCCCGGCCUACGUGCUCGUCGGCGGCCAGGGCCAGGUGCGCCUCCCAAAGUACGUGGCCAUGUACGUGCCCGCCAUCAUCACCCUGCUCAACGCCGUGUGCACCCCGAGGUCAUGGCACCUGCUCGUCUUCUGGAUCCUCUUCGAGAACGUCAUGUCCAUGCACCGCUCCAAGGCCACCGUCAUCGGGCUCGUCGAGGCCAGCCGCGCAAACGAGUGGGUCGUCACAGAGAAGCUCGGUGGGUCUGCCGCUGCUUCUGCUACCACCACGACCAUGGCCACCAACGUUAACAAGCAGGCGCAGGCGGCCAUGAAGAAGAAGAAGAAGAGCCAGAGCAACAGCAGCGGUUUCCUUGUCCCGGAGAUGGUGAUGGGGCUCUGCCUGCUCUACUGCGCCGUCUACGACAUCGUCUUCGGCCAUGACCACUUCUAUGUCUACCUCCUCAUGCAGUCCGCCGCCGCAUUCGUCAUCGGAUUCGGCUACGUCGGAUCCCAAUGAAUCUGAAUUUUGCCUUCUGCAGUCAGCAUGCAUGUUGUUGUACCAAUAAUAUACAUACAUACAUACAUACCUAGUUGUAUCGCGUUACUAAAUAAUUUCCAGAUAGAGAUGGAGCAGGACAAUUGCUUGCCUGCUUCGUCAAUUAUAUAUACUGUAUUAUAUUCAUUCAUCCAUUUUGCUCGCAUCGUGUACUAGUAGCUAGCUAGUACAAAACCAAUAAUAAUUAAUCUCAUUUCA